GAGUUUCUCAAGUGUCAGUCAGCCAAGGGAGGAGUAUACGCAAAAAUGCAGCUUUCACAACAGCCUAUUCUUUGUAGCCGAUUAAAUAGGAUUUUCCUCAUGUUAACGAAUUGAACUAUACUGUAUUUUGUCUCGGUUUGCUCUCUGUAUUUUCAACUGUAUUUUGGCGAGUAAAUGUGAGGAGCAUUUUCGACAGUAAACAUGGCGUCUUUGUGAUAGGAUGAGAAGCCCCGUGCCAAGGUUCAGGGACGUUGAGAGGCAGGUCGCCAGCCUGCAACCUGUGCAGUGUGAUCCUCCCUGUCAUGACAGACAGAAUACUAUGUGGUUCAUACGGGAUGCCUGUGGCAUCGUCUGUGCCAUUAUCACUUGGCUGCUCGUCAUGUUUGCAGAGUUUGUCGUGUUGUUUGUUAUGCUACUUCCCACCAAGAACCUCACCUACAGUUUAGUAAACGGCACCAUCUUCAACAGUCUGGCUUUUCUCGCCUUGGCGUCUCAUUUCAGAGCCAUGUGCACAGACCCAGGGGCUGUGCCAAAAGGAAAUGCCACAAAAGAAUAUAUAGAGAGUCUGCAGCUGAAGCCAGGUCAGGUGGUCUACAAAUGUCCCAAGUGCUGCAGCAUCAAGCCUGACAGAGCUCACCACUGCAGUGUCUGCAAACGAUGCAUUCGAAAGAUGGACCAUCACUGCCCUUGGGUCAACAACUGUGUUGGUGAAAAUAACCAGAAGUAUUUUGUGCUCUUUACGAUGUACAUUGCACUCAUAUCUCUACAUGCCUUGAUCAUGGUGGUCUUCCAUUUUUUGUACUGCUUUGAAGAUGAUUGGAUGAAAUGCAGUACUUUCUCACCUCCAGCAACUGUCAUCCUCCUCAUCCUCCUGUGCUUUGAGGGCCUCCUCUUCCUCAUCUUCACCUCUGUGAUGUUUGGCACCCAAGUCCAUUCUAUCUGUACAGAUGAGACGGGUAUUGAAAAGCUAAAAGGAGAAAUUCCACGAUGGGAGAAGAUUCCAUGCUGGGAGGGCAUGAAGGAAGCAUUUGGUGGUCCUCUGUCUCUGGCCUGGCUUAGCCCCUUCACAGACCUUUCAUGCAGAACUGAUGAUUCAACAAGCAUCCCUGAAGCCCCUCAGGGUGAAAUCAUAGAGGAAGAUGUCAUUGAGAUUCCUUUACGGCACUAAGACCACCAUGGCCAAAGUCCACUAUACCACCCCUACAAGAACAGAAAUACAAUGCAAACUUCCACAGAUUCAUGCAAGGUGCCGGUUUCUGAGAUGUAGCAUUUUUAUUUACUAUAAGCACAUGGGAAGUCUUGGGAAAGUCAUGGACAUUUUUAUUGGCCAGUCGCCUUGACUGACAGUCUUAACCUUCCAUUAGGACUGGUCUGGGCAGUGACCUUUUGAAAUAGAUAAAAACCAUACUGCUUUGGCUGAACACCUAAUCAAACACUCAUUGCGCCUCACUGUUUGUUGAGAUAUAUGGGUGCUGACAUGAUGGUUAGGUGGUCUUUUAUAUGGUCUCAAACACCAAUAGCUCUUGGUCAGAAAUCUGAACCAAUUGGUCAUUUCCCAAGAAAAAAAAAGGCUUUUUUUUAUAGUGAUUUUAACCACCUUAACUGGACGUUUACUUUAACUUAAAGCAGAAGGGGAACACUUAUAAAAAGCAUAUAUGUAUAUACAACAAAAAUAAAUCCAGGUUGCAACCUUCACAAAUCUAGCCAUAUUCCUUCAAAUAUUUAAUCAAGAAAAUUGGCUCAAUAUAAAUACUGUAUUCAGUUUUCAGUGCCUUAAAACAUCAACCAAAAAAACCCAUUGUAUGUCCCUUUUUUAAAUCCCAGUAUCAGAUGACCAGAAAAAAACAAAAAAAACAAAAAAACUUUUCCUUUGUAUAUAGUUCUCAGAACUUGGACCAUUGCCAAUUUGACCAAUAUUACAUGGAUGGUAUAACAGCAGUGGUCUCUCAAUUAUAACAAAUACAACUGUGUAAGUAAUAACUAUUGAAGUAAAUGUACAUUUUACCCACACACUAUAUGGUAAUACUAUUUAUGGAAGAAUAAAGCUGCCUCCAACUAUAUAUUUUUAGAGAAAGCGAUACAUUCCUAUUUAAAGAUUUUUAUUUAAAUGCUCUGACAUUAAAAUGGUUAUUUGGGAUUUAUCAUCACCUUCCAUAUUCUGAAAUGGCAUUUCUUUGGAAUAAUAACUAUCAUUUCAAACCUUAAAUUAUUUUACACUAGCUGUGUCUUCAUAUAACUACAUAAUGCAAAAAAAAAAAAAAAGUUCAUAGUUUUAAUAAAAAGGGAUGUUUACGCCAAAUGGAUCUUAAUUUCUGCUACAAUCCUAAAUUGAACUCAAAAUACUGAUUAGGUUUGAAAGGGGGUUCUUGAAUUGGGUUUCUAAACUGCUUUUCCAAAGCAGUAUGCUGUGGUACUAAGAGUUAAAUGAAAUGGUCCUGUUUGAAGGUGCACUGUAAACAACCGCCUACCAUGUAACAACAUGGAGGUUCUUCAGAAAAUAAUGAAGUUCUCAAAUGAGAACAAGUAACAUUAUCAACAGAUGAUCAACCAUCAUCACAGCAACAUGUUCUCUAGAUCAUAACUUUUUCAUUCCAUUCAAAACUCUAAAGCCUUGUACGUCCUCCCAUUUUAUGAGUUGUGUAUACAAGUAAUGGGUGACAUUCUUUCAUCAGUAACACUACAUUAUUUUACUAUUUACAGCAUUAGGUGUAAGUAACAAACCAUUAAUAAUUUUAAGAAUACGGUUGAAACAAAGGUAACAUUACCUAGCUAGCACAGCAUAGCUAACCUAGCUAGGUUAAUCUACCGAUUAUCCCUGUUAGCUAGCGAGCUAGCAUCGUUUUCCUUAAAAAUACGAUUUAAAAGCGGUGAUGGUCAGUUAUUAAUUUGUGAAGGUGUCAUUACAGCGAGAACAAAUG